CCUUCUGUUCCGCAAGGCCCGUGCAGAUCAGACAUCUUUCGGCUGCGCAGUUAUCCAGAGGUUCCGGUUGCCGUCGAAGGCCCCUGGCUUCAUGAGGCCAGCAACAUGGCCAAAGACGUGAUCGAUGCGCCGCCUUCUCGAUCCUCCCUCGCAGUCUUCGCCCAUAUUGGUGCGCCCUCAGCAUCUGGACGCCACCGUUCUCGCGCCGCGCGAAUCCGUUCUACCCAGUGAGCCUCGUGAGCGACUGCCGAAUUGUUCACGCAGCUCGCUGGGUAGAAUCGUUCGCGCAUCUCGCUGGGGAGCGACGGCUCCCGAGCCCCGCGCCGCCCAUGGCGCCGUCCACGGCGCUGGUGGCGGAGGGGGCGCCCCGCCGCACGGUCGGCAUCCUCGCGCUCCAGGGGGCUUUCGAGGAGCACGAGCAGUGCUUCCGGCGUCUGCCCGAGGACUUGCUGCAGAAAGUGCGCUUCACGCAGGUGCGCAAAGCCGAGGAGCUUGACGACUGCGACGCGCUGGUCAUUCCUGGUGGCGAGUCCACCACCAUGAAGAUCAUAGCCGGCAUGGACGAGUUCGCGAGGGUGCUGAAGGCGUUCGUACAUGGGGGCCUGGGCUCCAAGGGCCAGCAGCUGGCGCCUAGACCAGUCUGGGGCACCUGCGCGGGCUGCAUCUUGCUGUCCGACAACGUCGUGGGCGGAGGGGGGCUGCGGGAUGCUAUCUGCAAGGAGGAGCCGGCGCAGAAGAAGUGCAAGUACGGAGAGCAAGUCGGCGGCCUUGCCAUCUCAACGUGCCGCAACUUCUUCGGCCGCCAGACCGAGUCGUUCGAGGCUGGCCUAGCCGCGGACAAGGCCUGGGCGGCAGAGGACCCUCGGCACCGAGCGUUCCAGGACUAUCCUGCCGUUUUCAUCCGCGCGCCGGGUAUCCUGGACAUAGGCGACGGCGCCCGGGCGCUCGCGCGGGUCGUCCACCCGGGAGCGCCGGAGAAGGAGGGAGGCGUGGUCGUGGCCGCCGAGUCGGACCAGAUCCUCGUCACGUGCUUCCACCCCGAACUCACGGAGGACAGCCGGAUACACCGAUAUUUCGUCGAGGGCUUCGUUCUGAGAGCGCGGUGCGACGGCCAGUGAGGAGCUCUUUGUGGCAGCGGGCUGACGCCCCCCCACCCUUCCGCGGAGGCCCUCGCCACAAGCCAUCGCGAUUCGGCGUCGUCCUCUAGGAAUUUUCAGCGUCUGGAGGCCGUCUUACCCAAUCAACGGGUGGGAGUCGGACCGGGCGGCACGAGAAACGAACGACGUGUGAGCGUCUUGGCGGUGGCUGCUUUUCCUUCAGCUCGACAUCUCGACUGCGGGGGACGCCGAUGACGAGCGCUCUGUGGAGCAGGCGCGCAGGCGCACGAGGCUUCUUUCCGUCGGCGGCCUCGCGGUCGAUCUCAUGGCAGGCUCGGUGAAGUGUGCGGCCGCGCAGCGUCAUUUGAUGAGUGGAUCCUGCGUUUGAGGCCUCUUCCGAUCGUGCCACAUCCAGC